UGAUUGGUUGAUUUAUAGAUCACAUGAAUUCAUAUAAAAACUCUAAAAACAGCGAAAUGAUUCAAGAAAAUUACAUAUUAAUUAGAAAUGUUAUCUAAAAGUUGAAUUGACUAAAACGCCCUUCUUUGAUAGUUGGGUUUUUGAGGACUCUCUAUUUUUAGAACGUAUGUAAAUUCAAAACCAGAAACGUCAUCUUCCGGCGAUUCACUUCACUCCUCGCCAGUAAUGGAUAUCGUGGCUUUUGAUCGGUAGAUGCCGUGCCGUGUAAAUGUUGUCUUUGCACUUGUACAACUCCACUUGUCAUACAAACGAAGAGAGAGCAACAAAAUUAUACCGUCACCGUCGUUCAUCGCCUGAUACCGGAAAACAGCUAAAGGCACCGACUGUUCUUAAGUGCUCUUCGGUUCAAGUAAUCAUUCGGUGGAGUACGCCAAACAUACACGCGUUUAGUAAUUAAAGAGUUAGGUUUUGAACUUGAAGUGUGAGUGAGAAGAAAAAAAAAAAAGACAUAGCUAUCGUCAUCUUUGUACUGAAGACCGGAAAAACAGCUAACUCAAUCGGUGCACUAGCCCCUAGGUUUAUCUAUAUCUACACAUACAAUGAAUCAUACUCUAAUACUCACUUUCAUCUGUGAGAAAGAGAGAGUGAGAGAAAGAGACCCGGAGUUUUGAGAGUUGAGCGGAAAUGGAGGAAGCAGUCCUCGACAAGUUUAUCAAGAAGCUGUUAGCGGCUAAGGUUGGAUCCGUUCCGAAGCAGUUUCCCUUCUCGGAAUCGGAGAUUCGUAAGCUUUGUUUGGCUUCGAGAGAGGUUUUCCUUAGCCAGCCUAAUUUGCUCGAACUUAAAGCCCCGAUUAAGAUCUGUGGUGACAUCCAUGGACAAUAUGCCGAUCUCCUCCAGCUGUUUGACCAUGGAGGGCACCCACCCAACUCAAAUUACUUAUUUCUGGGUGACUAUGUUGAUCGUGGUAAGCAUAGCCUUGAAACAAUCUGCCUUCUGCUUGCAUACAAGAUAAAAUACAAGGACAACGUCUUUCUUCUCCGGGGAAACCAUGAAUGUGCUUCCAUCAAUCGUAUAUAUGGUUUCUAUGAUGAAUGCAAGAGGAGAAUCAACGUCCGUGUUUGGAAGAUGUUUUCUGAGUGCUUCAAGUGUCUACCUGUUGCUGCGGUUGUUGAAGAAAAGAUACUUUGCAUGCAUGGAGGAUUGUCUCCGGAGCUGAAGAAGUUGGAUCAGAUUCGGGGCAUACCUCGCCCCAUUGAUGUCCCCGAACAAGGGCUGCUAUGUGAUUUACUGUGGGCUGAUCCUGAUAAAGAUGUGAAAGGAUGGGGGCCGAAUGAAAGGGGUGUGUCGUAUACUUUUGGUGCUGAUAAACUUACAGAAUUUCUCCACAAGCACGAUCUCGACCUUGUCUGCCGUGCUCAUCAGGUUGUUGAAGAUGGGUAUGAGUUUUUUGCGGACAGGCAGCUAGUAACCUUGUUUUCCGCACCAAAUUACUGUAAUGAGUUUGAUAAUGAUGGUGCGAUGAUGAAUGUCGAUGAAAAGUUAACUUGUUCGUUUCAGAUUAUAAAGGCUUCUUUGAAGAAAGGGAGGGUUGGUUUUGGAAAAUUUAAGUUACCACCAGCAACACCCCCACACAAAGUAAAGACGGCUCCUUAGUCCUUAGUGGUGAAAAAGAGCCAGGCACAAUCCCUUUGGAGCCUGUGCAAUAAUAAUCUAUAUAAGUUAUGUUUAUGUUUAACAACUUAAUUCCCAGAAUUAUGUUGUAGUGUGAAUGUAUGUUUGUGUCGCAAUAAAUUUGAACAUUUGCCAUAUGCACUGUUCAUGUUUAAUGGUUAUAAUAAUAAUAUUGUGUGUU